UUAUUUUGUGUGGACCAGCUAAAUGUUAUUUGCUUUGACAAAACAGGUACUUUAACUGAAGAUGGCUUAGACUUAUGGGGUAUCGUUCAUUCAGAAAGAGGCUGUUUUCAGGAGGUCUUUUCUGUUCCAUCUGGUUGCACAUUACCCUGGAGUACUUUGACUUUAGCAAUGGCCAGCUGCCACUCAUUGGUUCUAACAGAUGGGAAAGUGCAUGGUGAUCCACUUGAUAUCAAGAUGUUUGAAGGAACAGGCUGGGAACUUAAUGAAUUCAAGGAAGACAAUAAAUCAAAGUUGUAUACAAUGGUUACUCCAGGACAUGAAGCACGGGGUGUAAGAUAUAUACAGUUAUUCAGUCAUUUUAUUCAAAUAUAUCCAGUGAUAAAUUUGAAUAAG